AUGGCCAGGGAGAUGCUUGGGGCCCACCCCCAGGAAGAAACCAACAUUCGAGUGACGCUGGGACCCCGGCCACCGUGUACCGAGAUGGAAGACGCCCAGUUCUGGUUUGAUGCUAGCCGGAAGGGGCUGUACCUGUGUGUUGGCAACGAGUGGGUCUCCGUGUUAGCAGCCAAAGAAAGACUGGACUACGUGGAGGAGCAUCAGAACUUGUUCACCAACUCAGAGACCCUGGGCAUCGAGGUGUUCCGCAUCCCCCAGGUGGGGCUUUUCGUGGCCACAGCCAAUCGCAAAGCCACAUCCGCGGUCUACAAGUGGACGGAAGGGAAGUUCGUCUCCUAUCAGAACAUCCCCACGCACCAAGCACAGGCUUGGAGGCAUUUCACCAUUGGGAAAAAGGCAAGUCUGUGUUCGGUGACUUUCUCCAUCCCCUUUCACUUGGAAAGCCCCGAGUCACGGGCGGGGCCCCUACACUGA